AUGAGCUGCUUGGACCCUUCUAUAUGCCGGGUGUUUCCUCCUGUUGGUGGUGUUCUCCCCCCCUUCUCUUCUUCUGGCCUGCUGCAGCAGCAGCAGCAGCAGCAGCAGCAGCAGCAGCAGCUGCAGCAGCAGCAGCAGCAGCAGCAGCAGUGGGUGGUUGAGGCUCUUGCUGCUGGGGUCACCUCGCUGCUGCUGCGGGAUAAAAGACAGCAGCAAAAUUCUGUGCUGCUGACGGUCCUCGUCGCUCCUGCUGCUGCUGUUGAGCUGCGCAUGCAGCACCUGCUGCUGCCGCUGCAGCAGCAGCACGCAGCAGCAGCAGCAGCAGCAGCAGCAGCAGCAGAUGCUGAAGAAGAAAAUAUGCACUUGCUGCUGCCGCUGCAGCAGCAGCACGCAGCAGCAGCAGCAGCAGCAGCAGCAGAUGCUGAAGAGGAAAAUAUGGUGAGGAUACUCUAUUGUCUCUCUCUGUCUCCUUCUCUGUCUCCUUCUGUCUUCUUCUGUUUAUUUAUUUUUAUUCUUUACUUAUUAUUUAUUUGCUUUUAUUAUUAA